AUGAACUACCAGUUUCUACACAUAUUGUUGCAGUCUGAGGAACGGACUGUCAACUUUGUGCCAAUUACAGCCACGUUGGACACGGGCGAGUUGUUGUGCCUAUCGGUCGGGCCAGUAUUAGUUGAGGAAAUGGACAGCAGUGCGCUGAACGCAAAGCGUUUGAACCUCGUGAGCGAGUGCUUCUUCUCAUCAAAGCCAAAGUAG